AUGACGUGGACUUUGGGCAAAUCUGGCUUCAGCGGCGAAGAAUCUGACGGGUUGAGCGAGAAGGGGCGUCAAACCGNUGCGGGAAAAAUGGGAACGUACCCAAAAAUGAGAAUGGGCGUUUGUUUUUAGAAAGCAAACCACGCCUUUGCAACUCCCCCCAUAAAAGUUGACAGUGCUGUAGGUCUUUACAGCAGCUUUCGAAUGAGCUGUUGCUCAAGCUGUAUGUCCUCGGCAUCGCCGAGGUAGCCAGCAUCGCGAGAAAUCAGGUCGAAACCAGCACGAAUCGCUUUUUGCGCCCGUGAG